UCCCCCAAACCGAACUUGAAGGGAAGUCCAUUCUCUUUUCAGUUUUUACUAUCCUUAUCACCUAUCAUCUUAUCUCUGAACAAAUAACAUAGACUCUCUCCCUUGUUGAUUCUGAUUUUGAUGACUGGAAGUGGAGCAGCAACAUCAUCAUUUUGGGCACAGUGUCUCUUUGACUCCAACUAUGACCUUUUUAACCCCACCCCCUCUCCACCUGAGUGUCCUCCUCCUCUUUCUGUCCUCCCACUCCCCUGUUCUCUCCUGUAGGACUGGGAAUCGCACAGAAUGUGAGUCUGCUCCCUUUGUGCCAGGCCACAACCUGGUGGGGGAGGGCUUUGAUGUGGUCACCCUGCAGCGUAAAGGAGCCUACAUGAUUGACAUGAAGACUUUCCUCACUCCAAAAGACACCUGUACUCUCUGCUCCAACCCUCUUCAAGAUGAUAACCUGCAGAAACUGCCAAUCUCUGCAACAGACUGGCGUGCGCUCAGCCGAUGCAAUGCUGACAUCUACAGCAGUGCACACACCUCUGUUAGCUCAUUGAUUGACACUUACAAUACCCAGGAUAGUGAAGACUGGAAGGUUGGGCUCAAUAUAGAUAAGUUUGUGUCUGCCAACCUGGAGGUGGGAGGAACACGCUCCACUGCGUAUCAGUUUGCCACAGAAAGGACCAGAGAGGAUCGCUACUCCUUCAGCAUUCACAGGGUCACCUGCAGCCAUUAUCGUUACCGUGUGUCAGGCAGGCCGCCCCUCAGCUCUGAGUUCAGGAAGGACUUGGCCAGGCUGCCAAAUCACUACAACUCGUCCACCAAGGCUCAGUACAGUGAGCUCAUACAUACCUACGGCACACACUACAUCCGACAGGUUACCACACACACACCAUUUCAAUUUCCUCAUUUCACAAGUAAAAAAAUACCAUUUUGUACAACAAAACAGCUACACUGUUUUUCUUUCCAGGUUUAUCUUGGUGGGCGACUCAGGCGUGUCACAGCUACUCGUGUCUGUUUGUCCUCGCUGAAUGGGCUCUCCUCAAGCGAGGUCCACUCCUGCUUAUCGCUGGGUGUCUCCGUAGGUCUUGGGAAAGUGAAAUUAUCCAGUUCCCAGCAGUCUUGUAACAAAGUCCUACAGAACCAGGACACCUCCAACUCAUACAGCUCUGGUCUCCACCAACACUAUACAGAGGUGGCAGGAGGCACUGGUUGGAUGGGGGAGUUUUCAAUCGCUCAUAAUGACUCCCAGGGUUACAUGAAUUGGCUCAGCACUCUUAAGGACCACCCGGAUAUCGUUUCAUACUCCCUUAGGCCAAUGUAUGAGCUGGUGCCCAAUGGGACACAGAAGACAGGGAUGAUGGCUGCCAUCGAGCAGUACUUAGAAGACAAUGCUGUGAAAAUCUCGCCCAAAGUACCAGACUGUGGGAGGUCCAGCUGCUGUCCUCAAGCGGCCUCAAGGGGAACAUUGGUGGUGACCAUCAUCAGAGGCUGGAAUCUAAAAGGAGAUCUAACGGGCAGGACUGAUAGCUAUGCCAAGAUGUGGUACGGUUCCAUCUAUCAUAGGACUCAUAUGAUACGCUCAAACGAUCCCUGGUGGAACGCUCGCUAUAAUCUGGGGAAGGUGGACACACACUUGGACUUGAAGGUUGAGGCUUGGGAUGAGGACUUGAAUUAUGAUGACCUUCUGGGAUCAUGUACCUGGACUCUGAGCCAGGGGACACGCAGAUUAACCUGUCCAGCCAAGAGAGGCGGCUUUGAGAUCGAGUACACACUGACCUGCGACCCAUAUCUGACUGGAGACAGGUGUAACCGGUACAAACCAUCUCCAUAGUGACAAAACCAUUCUGAGGCCACAAUAUUCACAAAUGCUGCUUGCUUUUCUCUAAUAUUCACCUAAAAUCAUAGAAAAUACCAAGAUUAAAAAUUAUUUUCUAAAUGUUCAAGAUGAAUUUGUCAUAUUGCAGAAGACUGUAGAAUGAAAUUCCACUGAGAUAAAUAAUAAAUAGUAGAAAAUGUAAAAUGUAGAAAAUAAUUAAAUAUAUCAUGUGCUUUUGCUGUGUUGCCUAGAAAUGAGUCCAAUCAUAUACAUAGCUGCAGCUUCACAUCUCAAAAUAAUGAAGUAAUUCUUAGCUCAUUGUUCUUGCAGCUAAUCAACACUAGUCAAUUCAAUAAAUCAUUUAAAUCAAUACUCAAUUUCAAUCAAUUGCCUUUCAUCUUGCAUUAGACCAGAGUCCUCAUACAGGUUACUUCUGAAAAGUAAGAGUUUUACUCUCUCCAUGCAUUUUCACUUGUUACGCAUUCCAAGCUGCAGUGUAGCUUGCACAUCAGCUUAACAUGAAAACUGGAGAGGAGAAAACAGAGGUUUGCAUGAAUUGUUGUUCCUGCAGAGUCUCAUGCUGAUUUAUUCACUUCAAAAUGAAAAAAUAUCAUUUUAUUUGUUUUUUGACUGAUUAGACUGUGAAUGGAUAUUGUUGUUUUUGUGUGGCCUUCUCAUGAAAAUAAAGACUCAAAAAGAAAAUGGGUUAGAACUGUGUUCUUUCCAAAGCUAUGGGUACACAUGAGGUUCUCUGCACUGAAGAGCAAGUAAUGCUGCAAACAACUUCAACACCCCACACAACAACCACGGAACGAAUAAGGUUAUUACGACAGUACCUACAGUGUACAAGCAACAUCUCACAGCCAUGAACUGCAUGUUUCAGCAUGAUGAGCUUUUCAUGAACUGAUAACAUUACAGAGCAACAGCAUUUUCAACCCAACUUGUAAGUCAGUUUGUGCUAAAAGUUUGUGGUGCAUCAAGCUACUUGAGAAAUAAGACCAGCUUGUUUGCUAAAUGAAUUGACUUGACU